UCGGUAUUAUUCGUAAAAAUUCGGAAAAUAUCUGAUUAUUAUUUUUUAAUAAUAAAAAAAAUAUAAACAUGGCAGGACUCAUGAAUUGUCGUUUAAUUUUAAAUAAAAAACCAACAUUUUUAGCAACAUUUAAUGGACAAAUUAAGGAUAUAUUGAGAUUUAAAAGUAAUGGAAAAAAAAGUAGAAGACCACCACCAAGAAUUAAGGAUAAAUUUGAAUGGAGUCAAGAAAGUCUACGUCAUAGAGGAUUUUUGAGACCACUCAAACCAUAUCAACCACCAUCAGAUGUUUCUGAUAAAUUAGAUGUAAUUUGUAAAAAUCAUGGACUAUCAUCAGAUGAUUCAACAAAAAUUAAUAAUUUACAUGAAAAAUUUAAUAUUUUAAAUGAUUGUAUAAGUCAAUUUAAUUGUGCAAUACCAAAUUCAUUACUCUAUACAAUUGAAACAAUUGGUGAUUUACGGGAGUUUUAUAAUACACCAAUUGUAACAACAUUGCCACUUGAUGCUGCAAGAGAUACUGAUUUACCUCCAAAUUUACAUAUUCAAUAUGAUUAUGCACGUUUUCAUCCAGAAACAGAUGAAAAGUUUAAUGGAAAAACAGCAUUUCCCAAGAGUUCAACACUUGUUACUGGUUUAAAAUAUAAAAAAAUGUACAAAGGUCAUACACAAAAAAAUCCUUUCCAUGAUACAUAAAUUAUA